AUGAGCAAAUAUCAUAAUUACAAACCCAGGCCAAAAAACAGGGAUGCUUCUCCAGGGCAGCAAAAACAAAGAUCGGCACUACUUAUCAGUCAACCCAGAGAAAAUGGUAUCAUAAGAAGAAACUUCCCUAUAAGAGAACUCAAAAUAUCUCCAUUGUUCGUUAGCCGAAUCAUUGCUGCAGCCAUGGCAAUACGCUUCCUCAUUAUCACAAUAAUAUGGUUUGCCAUUUUCAUAACUUUGUUAUGCAACAACGAGAUUCCAAUUUCUUCAAGAGACAGUCGCUGUACCCAAUGCCCUGACGACUGGAUAUGUUAUAGAAACAACUGCUACCAGUUUUUUAAUGAGAGCAAAAGCUGGAACCAGAGCCAAGCUUCGUGUUUGUCUCAAAAUUCUACCCUUUUGAAGAUAUACAGUAAAGAGGACCAGGAUUUCUUUAAGCUGGUGAAGUCGUACCACUGGAUGGGACUAUUCCAAACGCAAGCAAAUGGCUCUUGGCAGUGGGAAGAUGGAUCCACUCUCUCAUCCAAUGAGUUAACACUGGUAGAAAUGCAGAGAGGAUCCUGUGCUGUCUAUGGCUCCAGCUUUAAGGCCUACACAGAAGAUUGCUCAGCUCUAAACACAUACAUCUGCAUGAAGAAGGCAGUGUAA